AUGGGUACAGGUAAGAAAUCCCACAAUAACCACAAAAAGGCUCAAGUAUAUGUGUUGCCUUUUAACAUUUGUAGAGCCCUUUUCUCUAGUUUAUACUUACUCUCUUUCGAAUUUUCAUUCAAUUUUGAACAGGUGAAUGCACAUAAUCUUGUACAUGAGAAUGGUGUAAAUGAUUUCCUUCCUCUUGGAAACUUAGAGAAAGUUGUAAAAGAAAUUGAUGAUCAACCACUUCCACUUGUUGAUGGGAUUGAAGAUCAACUUGUGGAGUUUUCGAUAGCCAUGAGAAGUAUGAUUGCUUCAUUUGGGUGA